GCAAAAGCAAUCCUGGACUUUUAGCUGGGUGGGGUGGGAGAGAGAAACCAAGAAAGCCUAUGUAACAAAAGAAUUGCCCUCUGUUUCCCAAGCAUCACAUUGGUGUAGUAGUUGUUGGGUGCGGCCGAGACUGAGAAAAAGAUAAAAAGCACAGCAGAUUUUUUUAGCAUUUCACAACACGAGAGGAAUAGUAUUAUUGUAUAUGUUGCUCCAUAGAAGUAGCAGAAGGGAAGCAAAAGGGCCUUACUUGGAGCAAGAAAGGCAGAUAGAGAUAGAGAGAGAGGGGAAAAGGCAGAAAGAGAUGGUGGGCUCAUCUGGAGCAGCUGCAACAGAGAGAAGCAAAGAAGCGGUUGGGAUGAUGGCCCUUCAUGAGGCCCUCAGAAGCGUUUGUCUCACCUCUUCAGACUGGACUUACUCAGUCUUCUGGACCAUUCGCCCUCGCCCGCGGGUCCGCGGCGGCAAUGGCUGCAAAGUUGGAGAUGAGAGUGGUAGCUUGAUGCUGAUGUGGGAAGAUGGGUUCUGCAGAGGGAGAGUUGCAGAGUGUAUGGGGGACAUGGAAGGGGAGGACCUGGUCAGGAAGGCCUUCAGCAAGAUGUCCAUUCAGUUAUAUAAUUAUGGAGAAGGGUGGGUACUGGGUUAAUGGGGAAAGUUGCAUCUGAUAAGUGCCAUAAAUGGGUGUUCAAGGAGCCUACAGAGUGUGAACCAAACAUCUCCAACUACUGGCAGAGCUCUUUUGAUGCUCUUCCGCAAGAGUGGUCAGAUCAGUUUGAGUCAGGCAUUCAGACUAUUGCAGUAAUUCAAGCUGGUCAUGGCUUACUGCAAUUGGGCUCUUGCAAGAUUAUACCAGAAGAUUUGCAUUUUGUGCUGAGAAUGAG